AUGGGUGCCGCAUUCAAGGUCAAGGAGCUGACCUUGAGCCAAGCUCAUGAAUCUUUCAGAAUUGGCGCAUGUAGUGCCGUAGAUCUCACCGCAGCCUACCUCGAGCGUAUCCGACUCUUUGACAAAGCUGGGCCCAAGAUCAACUCAACUCUUGCCAUUUCUCAGAGCGCGCUGGAUGAAGCUAAAGAGCUUGACGAACACUAUGCUAAGACGGGAUCUUUUCGAGGUCGUGUGCAUGGGAUUCCUAUUCUGAUUAAAGAUCAGGCUGACACUGCCGGUAUGGAGACAAUGUAUGGAUCUGGAGCUUGCAAAGGAAACAUACCUACUGAAGAUGCGUUUCUGGUCAAGCAGUUGAAGGCAGAAGGAGCGGUUAUCCUUGGAAAGACAACCAUGUCGGAGUGGGCGAGUACUUGGUUCAGCCACUCUUCCGCCAGUGAUUGGGUGCCGACAAAGAAUCCCUACAAGUUAGAUCAUGACGUUGGAGGCUCGUCUUGUGGGUCCGCUGCUGCAGUCGCAGCCAACUUCGCACUUCUUGCUGUAGCCGAAGAUACUGGAGGCAGUGUUCGUUGCCCUGCCAGCUUUACCAAUCUCGUGGGACUCCGACCUACCCCUGGCCUCAUCAGCAGGUCCGGCUUCUGCCCGCUUGUCAAGGUCCAAGACACACCUGGCCCAGUCGCACGAACUGUCGAGGACUGCGCGUUGUUCUUCGACUGCAUGGUCGGCUUCGACCCUCAAGAUGCUUACACUGGCGUAGCGACUAUGGCGAAGAGUCUGGGCUUACCUCUCGGAGGUAGCUAUGCAUCAAACCUGAAUCAGGGAUUGGAAAAGACACGUCAAGCAAGAGUUGGUGUCGUAAGACAGCUCUUUGGGCCGGACUCGGACCCUUACUGUCUGGCGGUGAACAAAGUCAUCAACAAAGCUUUUCUGGCCCUGAAAGAGAAGGAUAUCAACAGUUUUCUUGCCACCAAACCCCACCUCCAACAGGACGUGGCCGACAUCGUUCCCGCAAAGGCUCCGCAAGAAUUCCUUAGUUUCACGUCCCAGAUCGCACACGGCCCGCUGAAUCCUCUGGAAGACCCUGAGUAUCUUCCUAAGAUACUCGAUCGGGAUGAAUUCAAGAGAAAGCUGGAUUGUCUGAUGGCCUCAUUGAACCUUGAUGCUCUGACAUUUCCAGAUGUGCAAAUACCACCUCCGAAGCAUGAAGAUGCCACGAACGGUCGUUUUCCUACUUGUUGGGAUUUUCCAGUCAAUACCUUGCUGGCAAGUCAAGCUCGUUUGCCUGCGAUGACAGUCCCCGUAGGGUUCACAGAAGAUGAGCUCCCUAUUGGAUUGGAACUUGUCAGCUUCGAGUACCACGAGCAAGCACUACUCCAACUUGCGAGAGGCAUCGAAAUCAUUGUCGGAGCUCGCCGAGCGCCAGAUAUCUAG